UGACGAGAAGAUCCUAUGACAUUCACGAGUGUCAUUACAACAGCCAUUCUGACUUGUCGAGUUGUUGGCUUCACCAUGUCUUUGCGAAGGCUCUCGCUCGUCUUCGUUUGGUGUUUCUUUCUAGUCUCAUCAUCCUCUAGUGCUAACACUUCAGGUGCACCGCGUUAUCCUGCAUUUCCCGUGCAAUUUACGGCAAAUUACUCGGACAAUUAUGGUGCUACUGCUCAAGUAUUCGUGGCGUCAACAAGAAGCGAAACGGGAAGGUUUCUUGCGAGAAUCGAAUACGAUAUGGUUCUCAAGCAAGUAGAAACAGAAGCAGCCUACAGCCAUGCAUACAUGUAUACAGCACCAGAUGUAGCAAAGACAGAUGAAGUUUACAACAAGACUCUCGCUCUUGUAUACUCCAAACAGCCUGACGCCGAGAAUUGUUACUUCACUACCAACAUGGAGCUCUCAUGA